GCGGGGCCCGGAGCCGCAGAGGAAGAUGGCGUCGCGGAGGGAGACGCUCUCCGGGCCGCGCGGGCUCCAGCUGUCCUUGCCGCUACUGCUGGCGCUUCUGCUGCUUCGGCCCUGGCCUGCGGCGGCCCAUGGCGGCAAGUACUCGCGGGAGAAGAAUGAGCCCGAGCCGCCCGCGCAGCGCGAGCCCGGGGAGGAGUUCCGCAUGGAGAAGCUGAAGCAGCUGUGGGAGAAGGCCCGGAGGCUCCACCUCUCUCCUGUGAAGCUGGCAGAGCUCCAUGCUGAUCUGAAGAUUCAAGAAAGGGACGAGCUGAACUGGAAGAAACUGAAGAUUGAGGGCUUAGACGAGGACGGGGAGAAAGAGGCAAAGCUGGUUCGCAAUCUCAAUGUUAUCUUGGCCAGGUAUGGUCUGGACGGGAGGAAGGAGGCCCAGCUGGUGCACAGCAACUCACUCAGUGACAGCACCCAGGACGACGGGCUGGGGGACCCCAGGCUGGAAAAGCUGUGGCACAAGGCGAAGACCUCGGGGAAGUUCUCCAGUGAGGAACUGGACAAGCUGUGGAAAGAGUUUCUGCACCACAAAGAGAAGGUGGCCGAGUACAAUGUCCUGCUGGAGACGCUGAGCAGGACCGAAGAGUCUUAUGAAAACGCCAUCAGCCCCGAUCUGAGCCAGGUCAAGGACGACGUCCUGUACAGCAAGCACGGGGAGCUGAAGGACAGGCUGCGCAGCAUCCACCAGGGCCUGGACCGCCUGAGGAGGGUCAGCCACCAGGGCUACAGCCCCACGGCCGAGUUCGAGGAGCCCCGCGUGAUUGACCUGUGGGACCUGGCCCAGUCUGCCAACUUCACUGAGAAGGAGCUGGAGGCAUUCCGGGAGGAGCUCAGACACUUCGAGGCCAAGAUCGAGAAGCACAGUCACUACCAGAAGCAGCUGGAGGUCUCGCACCAGAAACUGCAGCACGUGGAGAGCCUCGGGGACAGCGAGCACGUCAGCCGGAGCAGGGAGAGGCACGCGCUGCUGCAGGGGCGGACCCAGGAGCUGGGCUACAAGGUGAAGAAGCAUCUGCAGGACCUGUCCAGCAGGAUCUCGAGGGCACGGCACAACGAGCUCUGAGGGCAGAGGCCCCCUGGCGCUGCCCAGGGGCUGCGGUGGUGUCACCUGCGAGGACAGACUGGCCGUGAGGGUGGCAGGGAGCAUGUUUCUCAAGCCCAUUGGAACCAGCAUUCUCAGCCCACCGUCUGGCCUGGCCUCUGGGUGGUGGCUUCCUGUGUCUCAAGCAGAGGUGGCCAUCACCAUCCUAGUGAGGACUGGAGUCCAGCUGGGUCCACAUCAAGGCCCUGUGAAUCUUCCCUGGAAACAUGGAGUACGGAGCCCAAGAGCCACGGUGUGGUGUCUCAGUGUCCCGUCACUGCCUCGUCUCAGGGUCUGUGGCCACACGCUGACCGGAGCCAGCGCUUUUCCACCAGUAGGCGCUUCCCCUGAGCACCCUUGUCCUCUCCUCUUCUGGCCCCUGAUGGCCUCUGCCCCCAGGUCUCUGCAGUCACCCUGUCCACCCCUGUGGCCUGGAGAGUUGAGGUUCCAGGGCAGAUCGCAGAGGAGGGCCAGAGGCUGUGGUCAGGGGAGGCUUCUCCUUUCACCUCUGCAGCUUUAGGGACUUGGGAGACCCUGACAGGUCCCCACCCCCAGCCUCAGUAUCACUCGCCAUCCCAGGAAGCACGGCUGCUGAGGCUUCUCUGCCCCCGGCUGACGGUCAGGCCUGGCACAGGCGGGGUCAGCGUGGCUCCCACACCUGAGCCUGGAAGAGGCCCGCUGGACUUGGCAGCGUCUGGGUCUCGGCUGAGAGCUGAGGUUGCCCCACAGGAGGGUCAUCCAGCCUCGAUUUGUAAGAAACACCAAGGUCGAUGGUCGCACCCUGAGGGGCUCUGUGCCCUGCAGGGCAGAGCAUAUAGUGCAAGGUCUCCCCACCCACAGAGCAUGUGCCACUGUCCAGGCCAGCUGGGUGUGUCCCCCAGCUGGGUGACGGACUACCCAGAGACCGCGGCAGCAUCUGAGGCCAGGAAGUGCUUGUGUGCAGUGCCCGGCCACAUACUUGGGUACCCAGCAAGGGGCCCAUAUACAGAGCAUGGCCCUCAUGGGGUUCACAGUCCAGGGUUUGGGGGUGCAAGGCCUGAGAUAGGACUGGACACAGGGCAUGGAAGGGACAGAGGACACCAAGGUCAGUCUGCCCUCUGCAGUCAGGGAUACACUUUGAAGUGUGCAGGAGAAACAUGCUGCUUCUCCAAGGUUUGGUGUCCUAUGGCCCUGCCACUGGGGCCAAGGCUGUGUCUGGGUGCUUUUGUAACUCCUGAAGUAUUUUGCUGAAGGAAAGCACAUGUCCAUAAAAGCACUCCAGCGUCACACACACCCAGGGAAGUCUCCUCAGUGGGUGUGUGGAAUGUUGCCACUACCCCUUUCCCCAAGCUGUCCACUCCCCUCUCCUUGACCAGGCAGGGUUUCCCGGGUAAAAUUACACGUUGUGUGCCUGUGUGUGGUAUCACGUCUGGCUUCUUACAGUCAGACUUGGUGAGAUUCAACUUUGUUGUCCAUUAGCAGGAAUAUGUUCCUUUUCAUUGCCUUGUA